AUGGCGUGGUAGUGUCAAAACAAAUGAAAUUUCUGUGAAUCCUCCGUCAUCGGUCGAAUGCAUUUUGACAUUAUGAUCGUAAUUUUGUUAAUUAAAUUGUUUUUCUAUUUCCCUUUUAUAUGGGCUACUACACAUUGGGUUGUUACACAGGAUGGGCGAAUUACACCUCAGAUGGAUUCUGUAUAUCAACUGGACAAAUCCCAUGAUUUAAUGGCUCUGCUAGCACAAGAAGGUCGAACAGUCAGGGCAGAACUUUUGCGUGAGGAGCUUUUCCAGAAGAAAGUUGAGUUUGAGCACCGUGAAGAUAAGGAUAGUGGAGCACUUAUUGAAGAAAAGCUCUAUGCAACAGACCCAGAUUGCUUGAAAGUUGGGAGGAAAGUCACUUCAAUGGCUAUUUUUGAGUCAACCCACUGUGAUUUUGAACUCUAUGGUGUUGACAUUGGUCAUGGAAUGAUGCCAGUAGAGACCGGAGAUUUGGAACCAGACUGUUCUCAGCCCCCAUUGGACUUUUCCAUGCGAACAUUUGAACACUUGGUCGGAUUACAAAAUCGAAUUGACUUGACAAUGGAGCCGGAAACUAAUUUGGAGAAACUCACUCCAGCUAAUAUGGAUCUCAAAUCUUUUGCUAAUUGGGUCGCCUUUAAUUUAGAAAAGAAUGCCACAUCGUGGGUAUCGUUUAAUCUCGCCACUCUGUAUUACCGGAUCAUCGGAAAUGCAGCUCAAGCGCUUGAAUGUUGUCGAAGAGCGCUCCAGUUUAGCCCGAGGGAGAUGCAAACCAUUGCUUUGGUCAAUAUGGGUAACAUUUUGACGCACAGUCAUCAACAAGAAGACGGAAUUAUCGUGCUCCAUGCAGCGGUCGAUCACACUCCCAGUGAUCCAAUAGCACACUAUACUCUUGCCAAUAGUUAUGCCCUCAUCGGUGAUUUAAAUAGGUCCGUUCUUUGCUACGAAAAUGUUUUGAAACUGAAACCAGAUCUCAAAAUGGCUGUCCGAAAAAUGCACGGGAUUCAAUGUUUGUCUAAAUUGGAAAAGGCCCUAGAAACUCAACAUAGUGUUUUACAGCACACAUUAACGGAACUGAAGGAACAACAACGCAAGUUUGAAGAGUGGAAUCAGCUGCAGGAAAAGAUUGUUAGCGCCCAGGCCACAGUUGGGCAGCGACUUCGUAGCCAAUUAGAAUAUCAAGAAUUUCGUUUCCGCACCACUAAAUCCCCUCCACCCGUGCACGAUUGCGAGCAAUAUGAAGAAGAUGGAUUCAUGUUUUUUCAAUGCAAUAUUAAAACGGACAUGUCUACUUUGGAGACUUGGGGCUCAGCAAUGAUGGACUUGCGAAAUCGCCUGGUUGAUUUUCAGACGCAAACAGACAAGAUUGUCGAUCUGCUGAGUUUACGUAGCAUAACCAACCAGUCAUCACUUACAAGCGAAUUGAGCCCAUCUUUAGGUGGUAGUGGAUCGACAAUCUCUCCUUCCGCUGGAUCACAAAGAUCGGUUUCUCUCCAGCUCGAUCGAAUUGAUUUAGAUGAAGUCGAUACGAUACCUCGCCCACUUACAGAAUCCGAGUUGCAACGUUGCCCGUCUCUCAGUCUGCCUAAAAUUGACCAAAUGCCAACCAUUCUUCUUCUACCGGAAUCAACUGGAUUAGAUGUUGUAAGUUUGCUUAACGACCGGAUUGGUCUCCGCAUUGAUGAAGAUCAUCCUUUACCAUGGUAUCCACCAAUCUGUGAGAAAUAUCCCCUUAAAUUGUUACCCUAUGACGAGAUGGUGUCGAUCAAAUCUCGCAAUGAGCACAAAAAGCGACUAAGAGAUGUAACAAUUCAACGCCACCUUCUUAGUUAUGCUAGAAGUGAUGUGGAUCAGAUGAUCAUCAAAGAUGGUGAUGACGACAUCCAGUCGACAGCUGCUCUGGCACAAGUGGGACAACGCAUUCUUACAGCACUGCGGAAUAAAAUUGGCCCGUCAUGGCUUCUUCAUACGUUGGCAGCGCUUUAUUGGCGUGGUCACGGAAGAGCAUCUAACGGAAUCGAAUGUUUCCGUCAAGCUCUCAGUUCCGUACCGGAUCAACACCGCCAUAUCCCGCUUACCAAUUUAGCCGCUCUUUUGUUAAAAAUGGGCCAGGUUAACGAUGCUUUAUCCUUGGCAUCGGUUGCUCACCAAAUAAAUAAUCGGGAGCCGAAGACCAAUUUUUUACUAGGCCUACUUCACCUUCAUUUCAACAAUCAUUCGUUAGCUGUUAGACAUUUCGAUCGUGCCAUCAAAAUUGAUCACGAUUCCGCAUCAGAAAUGGAGCACUACAAAUUAAUGGCCGCCUGUCAUGCGGUCGAGAAAGAGACCGCCCAGCAUCUUCAAUGCCAAGGAGAUUUAGGAUCAGACACAACUUAUCGAACAGUUUUGCGCUGUAGCAAGGCAGAAGAGAGUGACGAAUCAGAGAGCAAUUGCGAAGCGGAAGUCCAGGGCCAUACGUCCAAUCCAUCCAGUUUGGAAGUUGCCGCCAUAGCAGACACAGACGAUGAAUACUUGGUUGACUCGCUAGUCAACGAACAAAAAUUCAUCAACUUUGAACUCUUGCAGGAAGAAUCUCUACCUGAGGGACUGCUUCGAAUGGGCAAAGUACUCCCACCAUUGCCCCUAACCCUACAGCAAUGUCAGGGGCAUCGUAUCCGGCUUCGUUCGCAGUUCACUUCCACCUGGCUAAGCGUCGCGGCUAAAAACAUCGAUUUCAAAAGCAUGUUGCCUAAAACUGUGCCCUCCAAAGCCUUUGUGGAGCCAGUUUGUAAUGCCUCGUUCCCUGUCACCAUGGCGACGUUCGAUCAUCUCACUGGCGUCCGGCACCGUGAUAAAAUUGACUACCGCGCUGAAAGUGCCUUGGAGGAAGCCCUGAAUGCCCUGAUAUUCGACAAGGAAAGAAUCGAUUCGGAUGAAGUGGCGCGUUACUUGACCUACGCUUUAAAGAAUAAUGCAACAUCUUGGGUAUUGACGACAGCCGCAUCUCUUUACUGGCGCGUUAAAGGCAAUGUGAAAAAUGCCAUUGAUUGUCUUCGCAUCGCUCUGCAUUACGCACCCUACGAUUUUAAAGAUAUCCCUUUAACCAGUUUAGCGAACAUUCUACACAGGGCCGGCUUACACAAUGACGCCUUAGUCGCGGCGUACAUGGCUUUGGAGAUCUCGCCGACUUUUGUAGUUAUUCACUUUACAGCAGCCAACAUUCACGUGGCUCGGGGGGAUGUUGCCAGAGCACUUUCAUUUUACCAGUCAACAUUGGCUCUGCAACCUAGUUUCGAGCCGGCCCGGCAGCAGCUCAUCGAACUCCAAUGCAAACAGCUCUUACUGGAACAGCAUUCCGUAGUCUGAGCAGCAUCAGACGCCGCAGAGUAUCGACAUUUUUCGAGUCUAC